AUGCAUGACGAUGAUGUUUUCCCCGCACUAUGCUCCAUCGAGGGUUCGUGGACUGAUGUCAUUAUGGUCAAUCCAAGUCAUGGCCUUGACGAGCUGAAGCACUUGAUCGACCGCUUGUCCCAUUCGUCACCUGUAGGAAGCAAGGAGGACAUCGAGAGCAACAAGAGCGACGAGAGCAACAAGACAGUGGACACCAUCACAGUCCAAUGGGCCGGGAAAGACAAGCAGCUGUUCCCGAAAGAGACGCUCUUGACCGAGGAUAAUUGCGAGUCUGCACUGCGUAUGAUGGCCAAUCAAGAUAUUUUCGAGGUGAAGAUGAAGAACACACCGGAGUGA